AAUGUCUGGUUUGUUCAUAGAUUCUUUGUUGCUAAAAUGUAGACUGGAUGCAACGAACAUUUCACAACUAAUCUUCCUCGGAUAAGUAGGCUAAUAUGCGCAUAGGCUUCAGAACUCCGGCUCUGGAAACAUUGUUGCCAGUUGCAUGGACUAUGUUUUCGUUAGUAUAUGUCGUGAUAGAUGGCCUUGCGAACACACAUCAUCUGGUGCUUGAAUCUGUGGAGAGUUCGCUUCUUAUUGUACAUGCUUGCUUGUGUCCUCUACUCGGAAUGCCUAUUUAACACAGACAAUUCGACUCCCGAAGGGAAUCAAAACGGUCAUAGUUUGGUUCAGAGGGGAGCGCGAUCACUCCGACGCGCAAACAAACACCCCACCCCCACCGUAGCCUAGUUUUCAUUCAUAAGCUUUUCCCCCUUGUUUUGCUAUUCAUCUCUAGAUCCGUUGAUUUGAUCCUCUGUGGUUUCUAUCACAUGGGACGUCUCUCGGUCAACUAAACCCUAGGGCAUAGCCUACACUAGGACUGUCGGUGUAUUUGUCCUUUUACAAUACAACAAUUAGGCCGCCCGUCUAUCUACUGGCUUAACCUAUUUACUGUGCUCGGUGUAAACUACUGUGGGGUUUCAUGAAGUCAAUCAAUUAUAGGGCUCUGCUUAUAAGCAAGCUGUCUUCGCGCAUAUGCCUAUCUGCAUAUUGUAUCCGUUUUUAAACUUGUUUGUAUGUUUGCGUCAUGUUGAUUAGACUGACCGAAUGUGUUUAUGCCUAUUGUGUAGGGUCCCGUUUGUGUUACAGUUUCAAGAGAUACGUCUGGCUUCUGAUAUUUUAAACCAGUAAUGGUAUUGGCUUUAAUUCAGUUGUGUGCUUGAAAUGAUAUGGACAUAAAGUUGACACUAUUUGUCGGGUUCUGUCGUGACCUUAGUUUUGUCACCACAUUUCCUUCCAACCGUCUUUCAUUUAGUAAUCGAAUAAUACGCGAGGCAGCUCAUUUUGUCCUAUUGGAUCGUGGCCUCGUUCCGUCGCCUUGGCACAUUUUAAAUGUUAACCAGUCAUACAAAUGUAAAUGAGCACGGGAAGUGGCCUAUUUGUACUGAAGUUUGGAUGUGUGCAUAUUGAGGAAGGUUUUCCGAUGCAUGCCAAGCCCAUGGUGAAUGUCGGAAGUGGUGAUCACCCCAGAUGGCGCUCCAAAGUCAACAUGGCCCUGGCGGUUCAUUAGUGGUGAUUCAGCAGCCUUCCCUGGAGGACCGGCAGAGGUCGGAUUACGAGCGGGAGCUCCAACAUGCCGCUAUCCUUUCCCUGGACCAAAUCAAGGCCAUCCGCUCCAGCAACGAGUACACAGAAGGCCCCUCGGUGGUCCGGAGGCCCCCUGCGCCCCGUAUGGUGCCCAGGCCCGACAAGCAGCAGGAGAGGACUCACGAGGUGAUUCUCGUCAAUGUGAACAACAACUACGAGCACCGGCCGGUAGGGCAGGGCCACCACGGUGGGGUUGUAGUAGUGGCCGGGGGCCAGCAGUGUAGCACCAGGGCCCCGGGCCUUAAUCGCUCCACCAGUACAGGCAGUGCGGCUAGCUCAGGGAGCAACAGCAGUGUAUCUUCUGAGCAGGGACUCCUGGCCCGCUCGCCUCCCUCUAGGCCAGGGAUGGUGGCCCUCCACCAGCACCACCACAGAGCCGAGCGUGCUCAGCCUGUUCGGACUCAGCCCAAGGCGCUGCUAGCCUCCCAGCAGGGCUCGCACCCCCUGCCGCCACUGGAGGCACCGCUCAAGCCCUCAGGGAAAGGGGACAUGACCUCUGGCCACCAGUUCAUCUGCGAAUGCUGCGGGAAGUGCAAGUGCGGAGACUGCACAGCCCCAAGAACCCUACCCUCGUGCCUGGCCUGCAACGGCCAGUGUCUGUGCUCGGCGGAUAGCGCCCUGGAGCAUGGCACGUGCAUGUGCCUGGUCAAGGGCAUCUUCUACCACUGUUCCAACGACGACGAGGGGGACUCGUGUGCCGACCACCCCUGCUCGCUGUCACGCUCCCACUGCUGCUCACGCUUCCUCUGCAUGGGAUUACUGUCGGUACUGUUCCCCUGUUUGCUGUGCUACCCGCCCGUCAAGGGGUGUCUGAAGGCGUGCCAGGGCUGCUACGACCAAGUCAACAGGCCCGGCUGCCGCUGCAAGAACUCCAACACUGUCUAUUGCAAACUGGAGCGCUGGUCCCACCAGGCCCAGGAAAAGCCUUCCUGAUCUUGUAUGUGUGUGUGUGUGGGUAGAGGGGCGGACAGUCGUUCCCCUGUGUGGUUUUGACAAUGAUAAUGAUGAUAACCAUAAUAGUCACUAUUACUAUUGAUGUUUAUCAAACAUUUUAAGCACCUCCCACCCACUUCCUUUUCUCCUGAUAGGAGUAAAGCACGGAAUAUGAAAACCACUCACUUUUUUUCCUUCUCCUUCCUUUUUGCAACAGGACCAUGUUUUUACAGACCAGUGUUUGUCUUCAAUGGUUGUUGUUUUUUGUCUCUUUUCAGCUACUCAUUAACACUUUUUUAUAAAUAAUUUUCUGUUAGCUAGGCAGUGUUUACCUGGUGCUUUAAGCUUCAAGUGAGAGCAGCCUCUUACCAAAUCUGUGAAGGACUAUCUAGCUAGGCAAUAUGUAGCUGUUACCACGUGUUCAUAGCAAACAAGGAUUGUGUGAAUUCCCAGUUGCUACCCACACUCAGACCAUGGAUAGCUGGGUUUCUGUGCUCGAGUUGCAUUGUGGAAAGCACAUCCAUCUCAUAGUAUUCUGUUGGAUAUGUUUCUCUCCCUUCCCCACUCAUCAUUCACACACAUUCUGUGGCAUUCUUUCCCUUGUUUUUGUUUUGUAAAUUGUAUUCUCAAAUCCAUAAGAGCGAUCUGGCUUUAAAAAAAAAAAAAAGGAAAAUGAUUUUUCUUUUUUUUUGUAAAAAUAUUUAUUAUGUGAAGCUCUAUUAUUUUAUGAUAUUUAUUGCAAAAGACAGUCUUACAUUUACUCAUGUCUGAAUAUAACAAUAUCAAUACUUACUGAAAAAUGAAAGGGUGGCACAAAAGAAUAAACUAUGUUAACUUUAAUGCAGAAAAUAUAUUAAUUAAUUAAAAACAAUGUCUUGUG